AUGAUAUAUUUUUUAUUAAUACGGAUAGAUCAUUUUACAAUAACAGCUGGCGUUGCUCGAAGUGCUUGUCAAAUUUCUAAUGAUGCAUCAUUAAUAGUAUAUUAUCCAUUUGAUACAAUUGGAACAUAUAAUAAUUAUAGUGUUAAUCUUUGUAAUGGUUAUGCAUCUGGUACGACAAUAAUAUCAUCAGGUCGUGUUAAUCAAGCUAUUUCUUUUACAUCAAGUACAAGCUAUUUUGAAUCACAAUGUUUUCCAAGAAUGCGUGGCAACGAGCAAUCAUUUUCAUUUUCACUUUGGGUUAAUCCAAACUCUACUACAAGUGGCGGUACAUUAGUACAUUUAUCUUCGAAUUCAAAUGGUAAUGGAACUUGUUUUGAUCUUCUUGUUUUUACAAGCACUGGAAAUUUAAUAUGUCAAUGGAUGACAACAACUCUAAGUGUUAGUAGUGCUCAAGGUCCUAUCAUACCAGCAAACACAUGGACUCAUAUAGCUGUUGUAUACGGUUCUACAAAUGGUGUACGUCUUUUUAUCAAUGGACAAUUUAGUACUGCAUCAUCAAACAUUGGAUCCCUUUCUUUAUAUAACACUAAUGUUCCAAUGUAUAUCACAUUAGGUAAUCUGAGUCCAUCGGGAUCAUCAACACCGGUUAAUUGUCUAAGUGGUUCUAUAUCUAUUUCAUCAGGAUCUUUUUUAGGUUCUAUUGAUGAAUUUCGAAUUUACGAUCGACAAUUAAGUAAUCAAGAAAUAUGUGUACUUGCUAAUUCAUAA